GACCACGUUCUGACACCGUUGACCUUGCCAUCUCUCCAGCAUCAUUUUUUCCGUUCGGCGAUAGUCAAACCUUCCCGUGCUGAAGCCACUCGCCUCUCAAUCAAAGCAAUGCAUCUUCCAUAUAAAACCGAUCUGACCCAGUUGUUGUGCGCAAUAGUUUUUCUAAUGUGUACCAUUCCCGGCAAACCGCUUGAAUAUUGGGGAGGAAUAUUCCACCGCUAGAUGUCAAGGUUGUGCGUUAUGGGAUGGAUGAGUAUAAUACACCUGUCGUUCUUGAAGUCUCCCUGUCAAUAUCAUCCAUUGGCACUGAUUCAUGCUUAUCGAGCAAGAACGUGGCGGUGGCUUAUUGUGACCACCUUUUACAGAAUUUGUUUUGACCCACUCUCUGCUUUGGGGCGAAUAUUUUCGAAAGGCUAUAGCGGUUACUACGGUAUUUAAAUGUUCAAAGGAUUAGAUUAGAUUUUUACUCCUUUAGAGGAUUAUCUACAUCUCUGUUGUAGCCUGUCACUUUCUCAUCAGGGUUCGGUAAAUCUCUUGUUGACGGUAACUUGUUGUAUUGUUAUAAUACUGACCGUUGUUUUGUGGAGGUAAACGUGACAGAAUCUGUGAAAAAAAAUAAAGCAUAUGACAUUUAUCGAGACAUGGUGAUCAGAUUUUAGCCACCUAUAUAUAUAUUUUUUUACCACUACACCUCUGAAUACAGUCUACUGCUGACGGUGUGUGUAACUAUAUUAUGUUUACCUUCUGGUUCAUUGGCUGUUUUUUAUGUGAUCCAGUAUAUCUGCUUGCUGACUGGCCAGCACUCAAUACUGUAUCUGUCUCCCGGGAGCUGAUUGGCUGACCACCAGUAAUGUGCCCUUACCAUACACAGAGCGGAGUCUGUAUGUGAUGUGUAGGCUGCGGAUUGGAAGCUAGACACCCCUGAUUGGACAGGUCGUAUGAGAGUGACGGCUCGGGGCAAAGUGGCUUUCAUCAAAUUGGAGGACAAGAUCUCUGGGGAGCUCUUUGCACAGGCGCCAGUGGAUGAGUAUCCUGGCAUCGCCAUAGAAACUGUCAGUGACUCCAGUCGUUACUUCGUUCUUCGGAUCCAGGAUGAGAGCGGUCGCAGUGCGUUCAUCGGCAUCGGGUUUGGAGACAGAGGGGACUCGUUUGACUUCAAUGUUGCGCUGCAGGACCACUUCAAGUGGGUUAAACAGGAGCUUGAGAUCAGUAAGCAGUCUCAGACUCCAGACACCACCCCAAAACUAGACCUUGGUUUCAAAGAGGGUCAGACCAUCACUCUCAACAUUGGGCAAGGUAGAAAGCGGGACAGGUCUCGCCCCCAUAGUGCUGGGGGCUUUGGGCUACUCCCUCCUCCCCCUGGCAGUGGUGGUGGCAAGAUAGCCCCACCCCCUGUGUCUAGCUCCUCCAAUGACAAUGCAGGAUUGUUCUCAGGGGGAGACUUAUUCUCUACUGGAAGAGACUCGUUCUCAGGAGGAAGUGACACAUUCUCUGCAGGAAGUGACAUGUUUUCAGGGGGCUGUAACACGUUCACUGGAGGAAGUAACACAGGGUGUUUGUUAGACCUGGACAGCACUAACUCCAACUCUGUGGUGCCGCCCAACUCCAACCCGACAGGCAGCUCAGACAUGUGGGGAGAUUUCUCUGCCCCCGAAAAGUCCGUGCCCCCCACCGCCAACCAGGAUGGUUCCACUGACUGGCAGCAGUUCUGAAGCCAACCUGCAAUCCCUUUCACCUGACCUUUAACCCCUGACCAGAGGAGCACACUAUAUGAUUACCUCAACUUCAUUGUGGUCUCUUUCUCCACCCACUUUCUGUCACAACCUGCCCCCACAACGUUUUCCUGGCCUCUCUUUACCAGGCUCUUCCUCACUCCCCCAUAGUGUUACAAUCUUUCCCACACCUUCUGCUUUUCUAGUAUUUAGCUAUUUAUUACAGAGGGAAAAGACUGAGAGGAAAAUCUCACUAAAUGAAAGACGGUACAGCAAGGAAUGAUGUUGAAUCAAACACUAAUAUAGUCAUAAUACAAAGUAAAAUAAUUGAUUUAUGUACAUAUUAUAUUAUUGUAAAUGUAUAUAUUGCCAGUAGUUUGUAACUUCAGUCGUUGUUAUGCUAGUAUUGUAGCAAAUUUCCUUUUUAUUGUCCAACACUGAUUUACAGGCUUGCCUGGAUGCAUUAAUAAUAAAUGUUAAUAUACGAAUAUUCAAGUUAUCCUAACUCUGAUCUAUGAUCAGUUUAACUUUUUUCCCUAAUUGCUAAGGUAAGGCCAUAGUUAGCUUUGAGACCCACUGCAGGGAAUCACCAAGCAGAUGUUUUCGCUUUUUGUGGGGAAAUGGAAAAAGAGCGAUUUCCACUUUAAUAAGUGACACUCCAUCUUAACACCUCCUCCACAUUUACUGGAUUGAUUGAACAGUGCAGAAGAGAAACUACCUAGACAGUCUUCACUUCUCUUCAAGACAGCAAUGUGGGGGAUCUAGUUCCUUGUAUUUCUUUAGGGCCUGCUACAUCAGGAUAGCUUAGUGUUGGUUUACAGGUCAGUGGUGCUGUUUAGCGCCCCUAAGUGGGGUAUGGUGUUCCUACAACCACAGUCUGACAGUGGUGAGAUUCACAGAGAUGCUGGUGUGUACAUGGGGACAUUUCACAGCUGAGAGCGUUGCCAGCUUUAUCAGUUGACAAUGGACACCAAAGAAGAACGGAUGCAUUUUGGUUCCUAGUGCGUGCGUGUAUCCUCUCUUCUAAUUUUCCAGCGUUUCUGUCGGCCAAUGAAAAGUUCAACUCGACUGAACUUUUUGUCUGUGGAAACAUUAUCAUCUUCUCAGUCCGUCAACAUGCAACUAUCGUUGAGAAAGCUUUGGAACUAUGAAAGCUCAUAAAAAAAUCUGUUUGGCCUAGCUCCAAGGCAAAGACUUUCUACAACCAGUGGUUGCGUGUGUUGUGAUCAGCUGUCAUCGACUGACACAUUUCUACAGCAUAAAAGUAUGAUGUGAUUAGUUGAUACAUGAAACACCUAUUUCGGAUGUAAAAUAUACCAGGCUUCAGCAAGGUCUAAGCUCUGGAAGGCAGUUUGUCUUUGCCAGGGAUAGUCAGCUUGUCUUUACUGGAGGCUGGGUUUAGUUGGUUAUAAACCCAGAGAUGGUGGAACGGAUCAGAACAGGGCAGAGUGUUGGGUGAGUGUUUUGGGGUGUGGAGUCUCAGGAGGGAUGAAAGGGGUUUAUCCAGUGGACAGAUAGACAGGCGUCUUCAUUUAAUCCCUGUGAUGUAAUCAACGGGAAAGGGGUUUCUGGGUAAAGACUCAUUUCCAUAACCUAUGCCCUGGUGGAUGAAUAGUUCAUUGUAUGUUCUGUUAGUCAGUCUGUACGUCUGUCUGUGUUCUGUACUUUGAACCCUAUAGCUGUUAACUCUGACUAAGCAGCGAGACGAUUCCAGUCCGCGUGAGACGCAGUGUUUUACAUGACUAUUCUUGUUAUUGUAUGAAGAUGAGAGACAGUGUGAAAAUGCAGUACAGGACGAUGUAGUGCAAUAUUACAGUAAGCCGUUGUGGCUUUGUUAUUUUCAAUGGGUGUCUUUCGCUCCCAACACACACAUAUGUAUACUAAAAGAUAAACUGUUAUGCACGGAUAUGUGUAAUGACAUCUUAAUCAAUGUGGUGACUUUGUAUAUGAGCACACAGCUAAUGGGAGAACUGGUAUGAACUGGUUUGCGUCCGUGUAAAUCCUAUUCAUGUUAAUUUACGUCUGUGUAAUAUACAACCAGUAUGCAUUUCCUCCUGAUGUUUCUUGUCGUUACAAAAAAUGUAUGUAUAUGUAAUGAAAAUAAAAAGAUAAAGAGUUCAACUAA